AUGCAUUCGACGCCUUAUUACGCACAAGGAAAUGGCCUGGCUGAAGCUACCAAUAAAGUUAUCAAAGCGAAUAUAUCCAAGGUAAUUGAAGAUAGUCCCAGAACAUGGGCAGAUAUGCUUUCAGAAGUACUUUGGGCAUUUAAAACUUCCAAGAGGACAGCGAUUGGGACAACACCGUUUGUGCUUACUCUUGGUCAUGAUGCAAUUCUGCCAAUGGAGAUAACUAUGAAGUCCCUAAGGGUUGCCCGACAGCAUGAGUUGACACUCCUUGAAUCAGGAUGCAAUGUUAACCGAGUUGGAAGAUUUAGACGAAGAGCGGUUGUUGGCCCUGAACCGCAUACAGGCUUAGAAGACCAAAGUUGUCAGGGCCACCAACAAGCACAUAAAGGAUAA